AAACAUUUGGACAAAAAAGGUGCUUGGACGUUGUAUAAUACUUAUAAUUUAGUGUCUGCCUACCAAUAUAUAAUAUUUUACUUUGUGUUUUGUAAGAUAGAGGUAGCUAGCUAUAAAGCUGUCAUAACUACUAUUUAAAUUGUAUAUAUAUAAAGUUUUUUGAGUGCAUUUGUGUGUGUGCAUUGCCUUUGCGAACUUUAAUUUGUUUUUUUUAUUUAAUUUUACAAUUUCUAAGUAAAAAUGGAGUCCUUAUUGGCGCUUCAAAAUGAUAUCAAAAACAAAAUCUGCAGAGGCAAAAUUAAUUAUAAAAAAAGCCCUAAGGACCGUAUCACAAUACCCUACUUAGAAAUCAGGUUGGAACAAUUAGAGCAGCAGUGGGCACAGUUCCACAGCACACACACUAAUUUAAUAUCUACAGUUAAGGAAUCUGAAUUGCAAAAUUCCGAUUAUUAUAAAAAUAGUAUUUAUGACGAGGUUGAGGAUCAGUACAUAGAAUACAAAACUGAGUUAAAACAGGCAUUAUUUCAAAUAACCCGAUGUACAGGGACAAUUACCCAACUAGAAUGUGGCAAUAGCGGUAACUCAAAUACUAAGGUAAAGCUGAAGUUACCCGAAAUAAAAAUACCCAUUUUUACGGGAAAAUACACUGAGUGGCAGACGUUCCGCGACCUGUUUCUAGGACUGGUUCAUAAUAAUAAUUCCUUAGACGAUGCACAGAAAUUUUAUUAUUUAAAAGGGCAUUUGAAAGGGGAUGCGGAGCAGCUGCUACGCAAUGUACAAGUUACAGCCGACAGUUAUUCCUGUAGUUGGGAAAAAUUGGAACGCAUGUAUAAUAAUAAAAAAUAUUUAGCUAGUGGCAUAUUAAACCGUUUAUUAAAUCAGAAAGCAUUAAUUAAUGAAUCAUCUUGUGAUAUUAAAAACUUGGUCAGUACUACAUCCGAUUGCUUGGCAUCCAUGAAAAAUUUAGGUGUAGAUGUAGCAAGUUGGGACAUAUUAGUUAUACAUAUAAUUAGUCAGAAACUCGAUAAAGACACUCGGAAGGCCUGGGAAUUGAAAGUGUCGUCAGAUCCCUCUGAUGCCCUACCUACUUAUGAACAGUUUGUUGAGUUUUUGACCGGGCGUUUCCGAGGUUUAGAGUCUUUGGAGCUUAGGUCUAAACCGCAACAUGUCCAUAAAAGUACAUCUCUUCAUGUCAGAGAAAUCAAAGAAUUUAAUUGUCCGUAUUGUACUGAAAACCAUAAGCUAAGUGUAUGUAAAAAGUUUAGUAAAAUACCUGUUGAUUCUCGUCGUAAUUUUGUACAGGAAAAAGGUUUUUGUUUCCGUUGUUUAGGAGGAAACCACGCUGCCAAGUUUUGUAAAUCUAUGCAUAAAUGUCACAUUUGUAAAAGUCGACAUAAUUCGUUACUACACCCUAGCGUUGGUUCCGGUUCUUCUAUAAAUACUGCCAAUAUUGAUACUAGUAAAGAGAAGUCAUCCACAGUAAGUACAGUCCAUUGCAAUGAAGGUAUAAUUGGUAGUAAUAUUAGUACUACCCAAACAACGGAUACUGCUCAGCCACUGGUUUCUUGUGUUUCAACAGGUAGUAAAAAGACAGUUUUAUUAGCCACAGCAGUGGUUAAGGCUCAAUCAAGAGAUGGAUCUUAUAGAUUAAUUAGAUCUUUAAUGGAUCAAGGCUCACAGGGUUCCUUUAUCACCGAGGCGAUGGUUCAAUAUUUAGGUCUGAAGAAAGUUCCUUCAGAGCACCUCAUUACAGGGGUAGGUGGUGAUAAAAAUAUUAAAUCUAAGUGUACUGUUACACUUGUGAUUCAUUCGAGGACUGAUCCUAAUUUUGAAGUGAAGAUUAAUGCUCAUGUACUCCAGUCUAUUACAUCAUUACUUCCAGUUACAACAGUAACAAAGCUUGAAUGGAUUAAUUGUAUUAAGGUAGAAUUGGCAGAUCCCGAUUAUUAUAAACCAAACAAAAUUGACUUAUUAUUAGGAGCUGAGAUAUAUAGUCAAGUUCUUAAGAAUGGUGUGAAGCGAAGUCCUGAUGGAUCACUAGUAGCUCAGGACACUUCCUUCGGGUGGAUUUUAUCAGGUUUAAUAAAUACUGAUACCAGUUCAAAUAUUAUUUCACAUAUUGCUGUUAUGCAUUCAAAUGUUGAAACUGAAGAUAUUCUAAAGAAAUUUUGGGAACUGGAAGCAGAACCUGCAAAAAAGAAGAUAUUUUCAGAGGAAGAAGUAAAAUGUGAAGAAUUAUUUACAAACACUACACGGCGCGACAGUAAUGGUCGUUAUAUAGUUCGUUUACCUUUUCGAAAUUCUGAUCCAGUUUGCAAGUAUGGGGAAUCUAAGUUGAUAGCACUGAAGCGGUUGAACAAUUUAGAAUGUAAACUUUCAAAGAAUAAGAAAUUGAAGGACGAGUAUACUAAAGUUAUCCAUGAAUAUUUAGAACUGGGACAUAUGCAGAAAGUGCCUAAAGAAGAUGAAAAUAAUAAGAAUGCAGUUUACUUGCCUCAUCAUGCAGUAGUCAGGGAGGAUAAGGACACUACAAAGGUAAGGGUUGUGUAUGACGCGUCCUGCAAAGGAAGAAAUGGAGUAUCGCUAAAUGAUGAAUUGAUGGUUGGUCCACAGUUACAAGCCGAGCUUCGCCAUUUGAUAAUGCGUUGGAGAAUGCAUAAGAUAAGCAUAGUUGCAGAUAUAAUUAAGAUGUAUCGGCAAGUUUUAGUAGACAGAAGAGAUACAGUCUUUCAACGUAUACUCUGGAGGGAUAAGCCUAACAAUGACCUAGAAGAAUAUGAGCUGAUUACAGUUACCUUUGGAACUGCUUCAGCACCAUUUUUAGCAGUACGUGUGUUGCAUCAGGUAGCUGACGAUGAAGCCAUGAAUAAUGCUAUAGCCUUAAAAAUAAAAAAUGAUUUUUAUAUGGAUGAUUUAAUGACUGGUGCCGAAAAUGUAAAUGAUUGUUACGAGAUUUAUGAACAAAUGAAAGAUGUUUUAGGAAAGGCCGGAUUUCAAUUGCAAAAAUGGAUUAGUAAUAGUGAAGAAUUGUUAAAUAGAAUGAGAAAAGGAAAACAGAAUACAGAUGAAGAAUUAAAAAUUAAGGCAGACAAUAUAGUUAAAAUUUUAGGACUUACCUGGGUUCCACGUGAAGAUAUAUUUCAGUAUUCAGUUGAUCUUCCUCCAUUAACCGAACCACUCACAAAAAGAAAGGUUAUAUCGGAUAUUUCUCGUCUAUUCGAUCCUUUGGGAUGGUUAGCACCCAGUAUUAUAUUAGCAAAAGUAUUGAUACAAAAGCUGUGGUUAGCGGGUAUUGAUUGGGAUCAGGCGGUCCCAAAAGAUUUAUUAUCAGAAUGGAUAAAUUAUCGUAACAAUUUGAAUUCAUUAAGCGAUAUUAAGAUUCCUCGUUGGAUUGCAACAAUUUCGAGCAAUGACAAUGUAGAAUUGCAUGGUUUUUCGGACGCUUCCAAAAUCGCAUAUGCUGCAGUAGUGUAUACAAGAGUGACAAAUUCAGCUGGCGAAAUUAAUGUUCAUUUAGUUGCUUCAAAGACGAAGGUAGCGCCUAUAAAACAAGUGUCAAUACCUAGGUUAGAAUUGUGUGGAGCGACACUCUUGGCCAAAUUGUUAACAGAAGUUGCAGAAGUUAUGAAUAUACCACAUGCUAAUAUACAUGCUUGGACUGAUUCAGAAGUUGUGCUUGCAUGGCUAAAUAGUCACCCAUGCCGAUGGAAAACAUUCGUGGCCAAUAGGGUAUCGGAGAUAUUAGUUACAUUGGAUACGCAUCAUUGGUCACACGUUUCGUCGAAGGAAAAUCCAGCAGAUUGCGCAUCAAGAGGAGUAUCUCCUGUUGAACUAGGAAAAAAUGAGAUGUGGUUUUAUGGACCUAGAUUUCUUAAAGAACUUACAAUAAAAUAUAGAAAACCUGAUACUUCUACUAACUUAGAGGAGAUCAAAACGCACACAACGACAUUUGAUUCUGAUUUGUGGAACAAAUAUUCGUCAUUGACUAGAUUGCUUCGAGUAAUAGCUUACUGCAGAAGAUUUUUAUAUCUUCGCAAGGCGAAUAAACAUCCAGAUAGUCAACAUCUUUCAACCGGUGAAUUAGAAGAAGCGCUAGAGAUAUGUAUUAAAAGAAGUCAAGAAGAAGGUUUUCCUGAAGAAAAGGGAUAUUUAAAAAUGAAUAAAGAAUUUAAACCAAAUAAGAGGAAUAUUAAAUCACUGAACCUAUUUAUGGAUUCCAAGGACAUUAUACGAAUUGGCGGUAGGUUAGAAAUGUCGCAACUACAAUACAAUAAAAAACAUCCAAUUCUUAUGUCAAAGGAUUCAUUUUUGACUAAACUUUUGAUUCAAGAUGCACAUCAAAAAACAUUACACGGUGGUCCUCAAUUAAUGCUGGCCUAUUUGAGAACUAAAUAUUGGAUUUUGGGUGUUAAACAUUUAGUCAAGGCUUGUGUAAGAAAUUGUGUAAAGUGUAUUCGAUAUUCUGCUAAGGCUAGAACCCAGCUGAUGGGGCAGUUACCAUCUUCUCGAGUAACUCCAAAUCUGAAACCUUUCCUUAAAAGUGGCCUCGAUUAUGCUGGGCCAAUACACAUAAGAGUUUCAAAGGGUCGAGGCAACAAAUCCUACAAGGGCUAUAUAGCAUUAUUUAUUUGCAUGGCUACGCGUGCUGUGCACUUGGAAGCGGUUAGUGAUUUGACAUCGAAGGGAUUUUUAGCUGCCUUUAAGAGAUUUGUUGCUCGACGUGGUCGGUGUACUGAAUUGUAUAGUGAUAACGGCACAAAUUUUGUUGGUGCGUCUCGUGAGCUUCGUAGCAUGGUCGAAGACGAGAUUUCACGCUUAAUACCUGAAAUAUCUGAGUCUCUCGCAAACAACGGAACUAUAUGGCACUUUAUACCACCUAGAGCGCCUAAUUUUGGCGGGUUAUGGGAGGCUGGAAUAAAGGCAACUAAGUAUCACAUGAAGCGGGUUAUCGGAAAUUCUACAUUAACCUUUGAGGAAAUGAGUACGGUACUGACUCAAAUUGAGGCUUGCCUUAAUUCAAGGCCAAUGUCAUACGUUGAGGAUCCAAACAAGCCGUUUGUACUAACCCCAGGGCAUUUUUUGGUCGGGGAACCACUGGUUUUGGCACCGGAUUAUGAUUAUGCAAAAUCAAAUGUACAAACAUUAAGGAGAUGGCAAUUGACACAAAAAAUGUUACAAAAUUACUGGCAACAAUGGUCAAAAGAUUAUUUAAAUCAGUUUUUGCAGCGCUACAAGUGGCGCAAUCAUAAUCCCGAACCAACGGUAGGUGAUGUGGUACUAAUAAAGGAGGAUGACAUGCCUCCAGGAAGAUGGCUUCUUGGGAAGGUAGAACACAAACAUCCUGGUCCUGAUGGUAUUACACGUGUGAUUACUAUACGUACUCAAAGCAACCUUAUAAAAAGACCUACUUCUAAAAUAUGUGUGUUACCUAUAACUUCUUAAUUUUUGUUUAGAAUAUAUGUUAUUUUAUGAUACUAGAAUUGCUAGAAUGCUAGUUAAGCAAUAUUGAUAUAAGCAUUAUAUAGUUUUUAGUGUUUGAGUUGAGAACAGUUCAGAGUUUUCAAAAUGUGUAAAUAUAAUGCAUUUCAAUAAAUUUAUCAAAAAGUUGUAAACAUAAAAACAGUAAGAUAUAAAAAGUAACAUUAAUUUGAUUUAAUUAUUUACUUGAUAAAAUAAGAUAUCAUUUACUUAAUCAAAUUGCAUUUCUCAGCAGUAUAUUUAGUUUGAAUUCAGAAAACAAAAGUUGAUAAAAAAUAGAAGACAUUGUUAUAAUAAUAGUCUAAAUUAAACUUAUAAGAAGACUCUUAUAUAUAAUAAGAGUAUUGCAGCUAUAGAUUCUAAUAUUUUAUUUUAAUAUCCAGUUUAACGUAAAAUAACUGUCUACUAAAACUGUUUUUAUAUAUUUUCACAUUAUGCAUAUUUGUGUAUGUCCUUGCAUGGUGGGCGGUAAUUAAGGACAUUCCUUCAGGAUGUCCUUGGUGGGCGGUAUGUUCAGGAUUGAUGUUGCACUGGCAACCAACAAAAAAAAAGUUUUUUUUUGCAUUCCUUAAUUUAAAAUAUUUUUUCACAAUGACAUAUGAAGGAUUCCCGCCGAAUGAUUUUUAAUAUGAAAAUUGACAAAUUUGUUAUUUUUGUUGUAAAAACCAAAAAGGCAAUAUAAUUUCAUUGAAUGACUGCUACAUCUUCGUUUUAUUUUUUUGCUGACCAAAGAUUUUGGCCACCCGU